UGCGAUUAACCUUUCUGCUCUUCGUGGGGGAAAUAAAACUAGAAUUUGCUCCUCCGUAAAUCUACGUGCCCCCGGCUAACACCCAGAACACCACCCUAGCACCAAGCGACCGCGAGGCACGCAGGCGGCGAUGGCGGCGGCGAACACGGGGGACGUGGAGGUGGUAGACUUCGACUCCGACGACGACGACCUCAUGGACUACGACGCCCCCGAGGUCAAUCCGACCCCGGCCGCCGCGCGCCUCCGCUCCACAAUAGCCGCCGGCGGGGACUCCUCCGCCGCUGCGCGUAAGACUAAGGGCCGCGGCUUCCGGGAGGAGACUUCUUCCUCGCGCCGCCUCGCUGACCGCGGUGACUUCCACUCCCUCGGCUCCGACGACGGCCCCGGGCCCCUUAGAUCUAUUGAAGGGUGGAUUAUUUUGGUAACUGGGGUUCAUGAAGAAGCACAGGAGGAUGACCUCCAUAAUGCUUUUCGGGAGUUUGGGCAGGUCAAGAACCUGCAUUUGAAUUUAGAUCGUCGUACUGGAUUUGUCAAGGGAUAUGCUUUGAUUGAAUAUGAGAACUUUGAGGAAGCCCAGGCUGCAAUAAAAUCAAUGGACAGAACUGAGCUUGUUACACAGAUAAUAAAUGUUGAUUGGGCAUUUAGUAGUGGCCCUGCCAAGCGAAGAAAUGUUCGCAGGAGAUCAAGGAGCCCUCCCAGGAGGAGAUACUGAGCUUGCUUUCUCCACCAUGUGGUAAGGAGCGCUUGUGUGAUGAGACAUUGGUGGCUUCCGAGGCUUUGCUUUCCCGAUUUCACGAGUGAAGUUUGAUGCAUGAUGGUUGGCUUUCAGUUUCCAACUAGCCAUAGUAUGACCGCUGUAUCUCAUUUCCUGUUUCUUUUUUCAUUUGGUGUAUGUGGGUGUGCUCAAACAUGCCAUGAGAAUUAAGUCUUGGAUUGUAAUUGUAACGUAUGGUACUCUGGAAUGGAUGCUUCGACUUCUAUAUUAUUCAUUGCUGGACUUCUAUAUUA